AUGCCUGUGGAUGACGCGCCUGAGGACGACGAAGCACGCCAGACCUAUAACUUCCCGCCAGGCGCCUAUGGCCUUGUAUACCGAGCAGAAGUCCCCGACCACGGCGUUCGAGAUGCAGAUGAACCUGAGGCCAGCGAAAAUGCCACUCAACAAGACAACGAGCCACAAGAACAUACCGAGCCUCAAUCAAGCCAGCCAGAGGCAUACAAGUACGAGAUAAAAGUCAUGAAAUGGGGACUAAUCCCGUUCUGGACGAAACGCGCCCCCGACUAUUCCUCCACGAUGCGCACUAUCAACUGUCGAGACGAUUCUUUGCUCGAGAAUAAAGGGAUGUGGAACACUAUGAAACAAAGAAAGCGCUGUCUGGUGGUGGCGCAGGGCUUCUACGAAUGGUUGAAGAAGGGGCCUGGUGGGAAGGAGAAGGUCCCAUACUUUGUGAAGAGGAAGGACGGCCAUUUAAUGUGCUUCGCCGGGCUCUGGGACUGUGUCAAAUAUGAAGAUUCGGCAGAGAAACUCUACACGUAUACAAUCAUCACCACCGACUCCAACAAGCAGCUGAACUUUCUACACGACCGAAUGCCAGUCAUCUUGGACCCCGGGACCGAAGAAGUCAAGACGUGGCUCGAUCCGACGAGGAACAAAUGGUCCAAAGAACUCCAGUGCCUUUUGAAGCCAUACAAUGGUGAACUGGACUUCUAUCCGGUUGAUCCUGCCGUCGGAAAAGUGGGCAAUAACUCGGACAGCUUUAUAGUUCCGGUCGAUAGCAAGGAGAACAAGAAAAAUAUCGCAAACUUCUUCAGUGGCGCCAACAAGAAGAAAACCAAAGCGGAGGAGCCCAAGGUAGAGACUGAACGAGAAGAGACUAGGCCGACUGCCGAACACGAUGGGAGUGAGAACAAUGCGCCACUACCUGUCCCUCCAAAAUCAAUGCAAGACACCCAUGGAUUGAAGCGCCCAGCGGUAGACGUGCUAGACGCACUAGAAGACGGCCCAGCAUACAAACAAGCCAAACCCUCGUCACCGCCAUCGAAGCCCCCAACUCCUGUCAAGACUGCGGGCGGCAGGAAAGCAAGAAGUGCCACAAGCAACAAAGACAUGGUUUUGAAAACCAGCCCAUCGAAAAAGGUCGAACCUGGUACACAACGAAUCACAAACUUCUUUACCAAGUGA